AUCAACUCUAGCUUCGUCCUCUCCCUGGCAGUUUCUGAUCUGACAACAACUUGCCUGGUGAUGCCUUUUGACCUAGAGCGCAUUAUUUCAUUCAAACUCUGGAGACACGGCGAGAUCAUAUGCCAAGUAUGGACAACAACUUACCUACUUGCGGUGCCCACGUCCAUUCUAAGCUUGUUGGCUUUGGCAGUUUAUCGAUAUCGACUCUUAAAAGACCCUCUAGAUAUCUACAAAUCCUCACCGCUGAUGACUCGCAGGCGCGCCUUUAUAGUCGUCUGCUGUUUAUGGGCAUACUCCACGCUCUUCUCACUCGCCCCAGUCUUUGGCUGGAAACGGAACCCAAGAAGUGUAAAUCACGGAUACUGUCAUUUCAACGUCUCUCUGAUUUAUUCAGUCUUGAGUUCGAUGAUAAAUUUUGUGACACCAGUUAUAAUCGCUUCUUUCCUGAACUGUAAAAUGUUCUGCCUUGCAACCAAAAGGUUGCAACCUCCAAAAGCUGGCCGCAGAAAUGGCAAAAUUCAACAAAACCCAACGAGACCAAGUCCAGUCCAAGACGGCGCCAACUCACCCCCAACAGAACAACAGGUCAUUGAAUCGAUGCGAUCACAACAUGAAGCCAUCCUCAUCAGAAAAUUACAACGACGCAACACCCGUGCAGCAGCCAAGACAACAUUUCUGAUCGUGUUCUCGUUCGUGGUCUGUUGGCUACCCUUCUCAUUUCUGAGUAUCAUUGCAACUCUGUGCUUGACUUGUGCUCGAAAGAACCCAUCCUUUCUCAUGGAGAUCUUUCUUAUGAUGGGUUAUCUUAACUCAGCCAUUAACCCCGUUUUGUACAGCUUUCGCAGUUCCGAAUUUAAGAAAGCGGUUAAAGAUUUCAUUAGAAAGAAGCGCCUCUUUCGAGUUGAUCAAAUCAGGACCAAGAACACGUACGCUAUAGAAAGGCGGACACCAACUCUACAAAAUAUACCUUCCACUGACGAUUUUGGAGUCAAUUUGAAAUUUUAUAAUCGAUUUGAUAGUGCUAAGGGGAGCUGUGAGGUAAAUUUGUAACUCUCUCUCGUCACAUACCUUUGAAAAAGUGAGAGUUCGACGGAGAAGACAAAUCAGAGUAUAUGAGCGCACUGAGGUACCCACACAAAGGAAAAUAUCAAUAGCGAACACUAUCAUCAA